AUGUCCACAGGAGGAGAAGCAAAGAAAGAGAAAGAGCGCGAACCCACCACACCUCUCAGUUUUGAUGCCAGAGCGAAAGAGUUCCAAAAUGCGCAAACCCUGCCCAUUGUGGUAGCUUGUCGUGGCUUGGAAGCUUUGGUCAAUGCCUUGUACAACCAAAUUCAGUAUUACCAUGGGGAUCCGUGGUCGAAAUCAGCUAGCCAAGUGAGUGAAAAUCAAACGGCAGAUAUACCAAGUCCAUCGAAGAAGGCGAAGAGCGCAGGAGAAACAAUUCCAUGGGAGAUGGACUUCGAUUCAGGGAAAGCCACCAAGAACACUGAAACACAGCUCACGAAGAUGUGGGGUAGCUUGCUCGAUGAGAAUCUAUCGACUAGACAAGCCACAAGAAAGUCGACCCGACUAACGGGGGCACCACAGACUUCAUCACAACCGGAAAGUCAAGUCUCAAUGGGUAAUUCCACGGCGACUUCAGCAGAUUCUCAACCAUUCUCCCAGGGCUCAGCAAUGGGCGAAGAAUUUGGAGGGAAGACUGUGCGGGAAGCCCUAGACUACCUGAGAGAAAAACGUGAUCAAGCAAAUGGUGACUUUGAGAUCAAAUAUACACAAUGGGUAGUGAACCGUCUCCUUGCCGCUGCACUGCCUAGCUUUCAAGAGCUGGCAAAGCGACCAGAAAAUAGGUUGUGGUUAUCUCCUCUAGUGAAGAUGCAAGAAAAGAUCACUAUUGGUUUCUAUGCGGAAACAGAGCAUUCAAAGAAAGCAAGUGUGCGAUGUCCUGGUUUCUCUCAGCGGAAAACAAAGAAAAGGGAUGCACUGUCAGAACUGACGAGAGAUUAUGUUCAGAAACUCCGUGCCGUCGACAUACUUGGGCCGCAAAUUGGAUAUGGCGUAGUUACGGAUGGAAUUGAGUGGUUUUUUGUCAAAAUCGAGGCAAAGAGGGAAGACCGCAGUAGGGAAGUAGCUUCGUUCUUGGUUUAUGAGUCGAAAACAGUGAAUAUCUACGAUGGCAAUGACUACGAUUUCCAAGAGUUGGCCAAGUUUCUCAUUUUCACAUUCACUAAGAGCAUUGUAGAGUCGAAACUUUCGAAAUCGCCUUUCGUCAAUAUCCAAGAUGAGGAUGACAAGGAAUUGUUGGAGAAUAUUCAGUUCGACAAUACUCGUGGCUUCAAAAUCACCAGGAUUCUUGCAACGCAACGCUUCUUUGUGGCAAAAGCAACAAGCAGUGAACAGAAAGAAGUUGUCAUGAAGAUCAUUUACAAACAAGCAGGAAUCCGUGCCAAGCGAAUGCUGGUCGAGCUUGACAACCUACGAAGCCUCAAAGACUGUCCAGCUGUUGUCCGCUUGGCUGCAGGAUAUGGUGAUGAUCAACCCAUCGUUCCACCAUUCUUGGUACUUGAAGACGCCGGGGAGCCUCUCGACAAGCUAGUUGUAAGUGGAAAUGCAGGCAAAGAGCUUGCCAAAGUGGUAAAGCGAGAUAUUUGGGGAACAGCAUUGGAAGCACUGCGAUAA